AGAUUAGUCAGACAGAAGGAAAGGAUAGAGAGAGAGAGUGAGCGCGAAAAGAGGAAAUAAACCCUAAUUGUGGUGGAAAAGCGCACAGAGAGAACUUACAGUAACCAAGAGAAGGCUCCUCGCACUACUGCCUCACACGUACGCUGCAGGGAAACAUACCCAACAUCUCUCCAUUCCUUCUUCUUCUGUGAGGAUAUGGCAGAAAACCAACCAGACAUUGAUGAAAAUGAAAUUGAAGAAGUUCCUGAAAGCACAGAGUCAGAGGUCAAACAAGAGCCAGAAGAUAAUACAGUUAUUGAGGGAACUGAAAAGAGGUGGCCUGGAUGGCCUGGAGAGAGUGUCUUCCGAAUGCUGGUUCCUGUGCAGAAGGUAGGUAGUAUAAUUGGACGAAAAGGGGAGUUCAUAAAGAAAAUGUGCGAAGAAACAAGAGCCAGAAUAAAAAUUCUUGAUGGUCCUCCUGGAACCUCUGAAAGAGCUGUUAUGGUAUCCGCAAAAGAAGAGCCUCAUGUUUCUCUACCCCCUGCUAUUGAUGGACUUUUAAGAGUUCAUAUGCGCAUAGUAGAUGGAUUGGAUGAUGAUUCUUCUCAUGCUCUACCAGCUGUGGGAGUCAAGGUAUCUACUAGGCUGCUGGUACCUGCUGCUCAGGCAGGUAGCUUAAUUGGAAAACAAGGAACAACUGUUAAAUCAAUUCAAGAAGCAUCUAGUUGCAUUGUUAGAGUGCUUGAUGACCUUCCAAUUUUUGCUCUUCAAGACGAUAGGAUUGUUGAGGUUGUAGGGGAACCUUCUGGGGUGCACAAGGCAAUUGAAUUAAUUGCUUCUCACCUACGAAAGUUUUUAGUUGAUAAGAGUAUCACUCCGCUUUUUGAAAUGCAAAUGCAAAUGGCGAAUUCUCAGAUGGAUCAUCAUCACAACAUGGGGCUUCCCCCUCCCCAGUCGUCAUCAUGGGGUCCAGCAGCAGGAGGAGGACAACAUCAGGGCUUCCCCCCUGCUGCUAGUUCUGGAUACGGAGCUAAUAAUCAUCCUCAUUACCUGGCAGCUCCAAGCAGCAGGCAGCAUGAAAACUAUUAUCCACAUGCAGAAAUGGCUCCUCCUCUUAUGGAGAAACAACAGCCUCAUCAAGGUAUAUCUGCAUAUGGAAGAGAACCUCUAGUAGGCGGUGGUGGUGUCCAUACUUUAUCAGCUAAUAAUGCUCAUCACACAGCCACAUCAAUGAUCACACAGCAGGUAACACAACAAAUGCAAAUACCAUUAGCUUAUGCUGAUGCAGUUAUUGGAACAGCGGGUUCAAGUAUUAGCUACAUUAGAAGAGCUAGUGGAGCAACAGUUGCUAUACAAGAGACAAGAGGUGUUCCAGGUGAAAUGACAGUUGAAAUGAGUGGUACAGCUUCCCAGGUUCAGGCAGCUCAGCAGCUCAUUCAGAACUUUAUGGCGGGGGCUGGAGCACCGACACAGGGGCAGGCCGGUGGGUCAAUUGAACAAGCAGGAGGAUAUAAUAAUACAUCAUAUUCAGCUGCAGCUGUAGGAGGUGGGCAUGGUUCAGUUUACUCAUCACCACCUUCGAGUCAAGGAGGAUAUGGAGGUGCUGCUGCUGGAGGAGGAUAUGGCUCUUCUGCUGCAGCUGCUUAUGGAAGCAACAACUAUGGUUACUGAUCCAGUUUCUCUCCAGUUUGCUUUUGAUUUGAUUUCAUUUCAUUUUUACCAACAUCUAGUAGUCUUUUUACUUUCCUUCUGUACAACUUAUUGACUAUUGUUGUAUCAUUAUUAUUGCAACAAUUUC